ACAAUACCGGCCGUGAACAGUUCUAGCGACGUUCAACUUCAAACGGCAGCUACAUGCCCUAGCCUAGCGCACCUUUCAUUGACGAGACGAUGAACCUAGUAGGUAUUUGUCACAAAUGAGCGGGGACACAAGACCGACUCCGGCGACUUCGCCACCUAACUUUGCGCCCGCAUCGCCGGCUGCGCGGAGAGCGCCAGGAUGGUGCAUAGCUUGCUCAAGGCGACACGCGUUCUUCAUAUCCGUUGAAGAAGGAGACGUGGAAUCUGUGUCGAGAUUUCUUGACGAUGACCCGAUGUGGCUGCGGCAAAACGACAAGAAUCCUUCCUACGACCGGUCGCGAACCGCGUGGCACCUGGCUGCUUCCAAGGGGCAGGUCGAGGUGCUGAAGGUCCUGGUGGAGCGGGCCAGGCGCGGUGAUGUGGUGGACAGCCUGCGGCGGGGCGGCGGGCGGCACGGCUCCAUAAGCAUGCGACUGGCGGGACUGAGGCAGCCGCCGGGGCCAGACGAGGUGCUGCACGAGCUGCUCAACAGCCGCUCCGCCCGCGGCGUGGCCCCGCUCAUGCUGGCGGCCUCACACGACCGAGCAGACACCGUGGCCUUCCUACUCAGCGUGGGCGCCGACCCCUGGCUGGCCGACUACGAGGGGCGCUGCGCGGUGCACUACGCCGCACGCGCCGGCGCCUUGCGCGGGCUGACGGCGCUGCUGGGACCGGACCAGCCGCACCCGCCGCCGGGCCGCAACGCGUGCGAGCGCAACGGACCCAGCUCGCGGUAUGUGGAUGCUCAGGACGUGUACGGCUGGACGGCGCUUCACUACGCCACGUGGGCCAACCGCCGGACCGCCAUGGCCGUACUCAUUGGCUUCGACGCCAACCUCAUUGCGCGCUCGUCAAUCCUACACAACGACCUGUACACGCUGCCGCCCGGCUCCACGCCGCUGCACGUCGCGUGCCUCAUGGGCUGCCUGGAGCGGGUCAAGCUGCUGCUGAGGGCGUACUACGAGACGGCGGCGGACCUGCUUCCCAGCCAGACCGCCAUGCUGGCAACCGCCGAGCGGCGGCGGCGGGCACGGAGCCAUCCCGACCCGCGACUCAUACUCACACGCACCCAGCGCCUGCCCUUCCACAUCGCCGCACGGUGCGGGCAUCGACAGCUGCUGGACUACUUGGAUCCGUCCAUUCCGCUCAUGUUCCUGUUUGGCGGCGAGGAGGACGGGGGCGGCGCGGGAGGAGCAGGAGCAGGAGGAGCGGCGGGCAGCGCGGGGGCUGGAGGCGGCGGCGGGCAGGUGGCACUGGUGGGCGUGUCCAGGCUGACAGUGAUCGCGGCUCGGGCUCUCCACGCCGCCCUACUGGCCAGUCUGGACACCGCGGCAGCGGACAUGAAGGCGGCGGAGGCGGCGGCAGAGGCGGCGCGGGAGGAGCGGCGGAGGCGGCGCGAGCAGCGCCAGGCGGCGCGCGAGGCGGCCGCCGCGGCGGCGGCGCACAAGGCCGGCAAGGAGCCGCCGCCGGAGGGACUCAAGGGCACCCUGCGGCGGCUGAUGGAGCGAGGCGGCGGCGACAAGGCGGAGGGCGCGGUGACGGCAACGGCGGCGCCGGCUGGCGGCAGCAGCAGCUUGCCGCGCAGCAGCGACGGCGGCGCGUCAGCGGGCAGCGGCGGCCAGGGCUGGCGGCCCUGGCGAGGGCGCAGCCGCCGGGCCAAGCGUCGGAUCGUGCCGGUCGAUGAGAACGGGGCGACGACGACGGCAGUUGCGGCGGCGGCGGCGGCUGGCGGCGGGGCUGGCGGCGGGGCUGGCGGCGGCGCCGCGGCGGCGGCGACGGCUGCAACGGACGCGGCUGCAGCUGCGCACGCUGUGGCGCCUGCAGGCGGAGCUUUCACCGGUGCAGUCGGCGCAAACGCCGAACGCGACGGCGGCGGCCCCGGUUCCAGCGUCUUGCCCUCCGGCGCGGCGGCGGCCGUGGCGGCGGCGGCGGCGGCGGCGGAUGGCCUGCCACCGAUCCAAGCUGACGCCGACGGUGACGCCGACGCCGACGAUGGCGACGGCGCCUCUCGCGAUAACUCUGACACAGACACAGAGAGCAUCGUCGACGCGGAAGCUGACGCCGCCGCCGCCGCCGCUGGGUCCUCUGAAAACCCGGGCCUGACACGCACCAUGUUGCGGCGCCUAUACCGAGUGGCGCUAGGCCGCCGCGGCUCCGCCGCCGGCGGCGGCGGCGCGGCGGCGGCGGCGGGUGCGGGUGCCGGCGGCGGCGGCGGUGGCGGCUCGCGCUACGUGAGCGGCUCCGGCACUGGCAGGGCUCGGGACCGUGAGCAGGAGCAGCAGCACCACAGCCGGCGGCUGGCGGCGGCGCGACUGAACCGGGCGGGCAUCACCAUCCCGCAGGGGCCGGAGGAGUCGGUGGCGUUCUUCAGUCCUGGCCGCGAGCCAGGCUACAACGCGCAGAUGCCCACACAGAUCCUGCUGCCGGCACUGCUGGCCUCGGCCCGGUGGACCGACAACAGCGGCGGAGCCGCCGCAGCCGCCGGCGGAGCUGGCGGCGCCGGCGCCGGCGGCGGGCGCGAUACUCCCGACGGCGGCGGCUCUCACGAUGGCGGCGGCGGCGGCGGCGGCGGCGGUGGCGGUGGCGGCGGCUCCCAUCAUGCGCUGCUGUCGACGCCGGGCGGCAGCCACCGCUGGUCGAACAGCGGCGUGUUGCGGAUCUCGGUCAACGGCCUGCCGCCGUCGGCGUGCGCCACGCCCGUGGGUCGCCCGCCGCUCAGCACGCGGCCCUCCUGUAAUGCCGCCAACGCGCCGGCGGUGCCGCUGGCGCUGCCGGACCGAUCUUCGCUGGAUGGGGUGGGCUCCGGGCUGGCGGCGGCGGCGGCGGCGGGUAGCCACCCGCCGGGCCGGGCGUCAACGUCAGGGGCGGCUGGCGGCGGCGGCUUGGCGGCGGUGCCGGAGCAGCAGGAGGGCGGCUCGGAGCUCACGUCGCCGGCGGCCGCCAGCGGCGGCCAUGGCAGCAGCGGCGGCGGCGGCGGCGGCGGCGGCCACGGUGGCGGCGGUCAGGGCGGCAGCCAGCAGCAAUUCAUUACCGCGAUGCUGGGUCGGACGGACAGCGGCAGUGGAGGUGAGGAUGGCGGCGGCGGCGGUGGCGGCGACGGCGGGCACCGCUCGCGGCGACAGCUGCCGCCGCUGCAGCUGGCGUCUCCGCUGGGCGCCGGCGCCGGCCCCAGCCGGCUGCGCCAUGGCAGUAGCAGCAGCGCCGCCGCUCCGGCCCUGCUACAGCCGGCGGACCCGGGCACGCCCACCAACCAUUCCCCCUUUGCGACGCAGCAGCAGCUACAGCUGCAGCUACAGCCGGGCAGUCGCACCCCGGCGGCAGCUGCGGCGGCUCUGGUAAACUCAGGUGCAGGCAUAGCCGUAGCCGCCGGCAUCGUUUACACGCCCACGCAUGGGUCUGGGCCCGGCGGCGCGGCGCGGGCGCUGCUGCCCGGUGCUACAGCUGACGUCGCCGCAGACGCGGGGCCUCCGCUCGUGGUUGCAGGGGCGGAGGGCGGCGCUGAUGAGGCAGGCGAUGGGUCGGCGGCGGCUGCACAAGAGCCGGGGCCCCCGGGGCAGCAACAGCCAGGUUGGGGCCUUGCAUCGCUGGGCAACGGCGCGCGCAAUCUGCUUCAGAGCCUUCGCAACACCAUUGCGCGCCGGGGCUCCGGGGCACCUAACAGCGAGGUGGUACCCCUCACCCGCGAGCACAGCCCUCGCCGCAGCGCCGCCCGCGGCGGCGCCCGCCGCAAUCGCCGUCCCUCCGCCGCCUCCACAGACGCCGUGCCGACGCCCGACACGCCCAGCUCCCCCGGAGCCAGUCCCACACGCCACCAGCCGUCCCGGCCCGGAGCCGACGGCGGCGGCCCCGCGCACAGCAGCGGCGCCGGCGCCGCCGGCGUGCGAGUCGGCAACGCCCGCUCGCACCACCCCUUUGGCCAUCACCACCACGGCGUGCGCGUGUCGGCCAACUUCGGCCGGGGCAGCGCAGGCGCCGCCGCCGCCGACGGUGCUGACGUCAGCGGCGACACCGCCACGCCCUCGCCGCCGUCGCGGCGGCGCGGCGGCGGCGGCAGUGCACGCAUGCCGCUGGCGAAGCGCUCUCUGCUGGCGGCGGCGCGGCGCAUGGCUGGCGGCGGCGGCAGCAGCCGCAGGCGCGGGCGCGGCGGCGGCGCCGCCAGCGACUCAGACUCUGACGGCGGCGGCGAGCAGGCGGCGGCGGCGGCGGCGGCGCUGGCGGCGGCGGAUCGGGCGGACUCGUUGGGAAGCCUGGCGUCGUCGACGGCGUCUUUGUCACUUGGCGGCGGCGGUGGUGCGAACGACGAGGAGGAGGACGUGUGCCCGGUGUGCCUGGAGGACAAACCCAACCUGCUGGUGCGGACCUGUUCGCACCCCAUCUGCAUGGACUGUGCCCGCGACCUGGUCAAGCGCCACUGCCUCACCCCCGCGCUGUGCCCCUACUGUCGCGGCGUCAUUGCCGGCUUCAAAGCCCGCGUGCUCGUGCUAGCAGCGGCGGAGGCGGCCGCACGGCAGCAGCGGCUGGCGGCGCGGCGCGAGAAGGUGGCGGCAGCCGCGGCGACCGGCGCCGCAGCCAAGGCAGGGCACGGGAAGGGCAAGAAGCAGGCGCAACCACCGGUGCAGGCGCAGCAGGUGCCUGCAGCGCCCAUGGCGGCGGCAGCGGCUGCAGCUGAUGCUGCUGGCACGGUCGAUGCAGCAGCGGCGCGGCCACCGGCGGGGCAGCGGCCGGCAGUGACAACGGUGGCGGCGGAGGCGGAGGCGGCGGAGGCUGUGGCGCUGCCAGGCGCGGUUACGGAAGCACCAUCGCAGGAGCAGCAGCCAGGAGUGACGACGGCUGCGGCGCCGCAGCUGCCGUUAUCGUCGCAGCCAGCGGUGCAGGCGCCACGGGCGCCGCAGCCGGCGCGGCUGCCGUCAUUGCGGCAGGGCUCGACAGCAGCUGCGUUGCCGCCUCUGCCGCCGGUAGUUUCAGUGCAGUAGACCGGCGGCAACGGAGCAGCAGCGAAGCAGGAGGACGGGAGGAGCCGAAGCAGGCGGAGGGGCAAGGCAGGGAGGCGAGCAGCAGGAGGGGAGAGGCAGGAGUGAUCACAGCAGAAAUUAUAAUCGGCAGGGGCACCAGCCUCCUCCUAGGUUGGUGCGAGUUUGACUUGGUUGCUGCAGCAGCAGUUGGGUGAUGAACCUCCAAAGGACCCACGAUGCCGCCCGCCAACCGGACCGGACCAAGACCAGACCAGACCGAGCUGCGGAUGCACAACUGGGUGUGCGCUACCAGACGACGCCUUGUGACUUGGACUACGACCGACAAGCUUGGACAUCUGGUGACCUGGUGUUCGAUGCGUACCCCCAAGCACAAGUCUGCUAGCGCGCACAUAGCAGGUGCGGCGGGUACAGUACGUGGUACGAGGGAGAUGGAGUGUGUGCGCGUGUGUACGUGUCUUUACCGAUUUAGGUUGUGAUUCUUUGCGUUGUGAGUUUUUGCGAAUUUUGCGCGCCUCUUUCCCAUGCGUGAAGAAGGUCACGUACAAUAGGCAUGUCCAGGCACAUUCCUUGAUCAUUCUUAUUAUGGUGUAUCCCAGCUGUGCGUCGCGGUGUGACCUGGAAUGGCCCUUUGCACCGAAUCACGCUGCCGCAGCGUUUGCGUCGGCAGCAGGUUGCGGGUGGGCCCGGAGCGGGGGUAGGUUGGGCGGGGGCGGGCGAUUGGUAGUGGCAAGCCGAAAGCCUGCGAGUGCCCCAACGAUCAGAACAUACGCAACUACAUAAUUGGGGCAUACAAUACCGACAGAUCAUUGAAUCCGCGUGUGCGUCUCUCAUCCGGGGGUUGUGUCCCCCAAAGUCAGUCAGCAAGCUCUUGUCUGGCCAUAUUCUCGUGCCAUAUCCUGCAUGCCUUCUUUUGUCUUCUUUUUUUCGGGUUUAGCCAGCACCAUUUCACUGGCUGGGAAUGAAUGCCGCCGCGUCCGCUGGCCAGACACACUGCCGUAAAUUGUUGGUCUUUGACAUUAUUGUUGACGCCAAGCAGGCGGCCCUGAACGGCCAUGGCAGUUUGGACUUUGCCUUCUUUGGGCUGGCAUGCUGACAAUUCCAGAGGUUUGUAACAAACUCCACAGGGAUGACUUUCUCUUGGGCCAAGGUGCCGAUCGGAAGAAGCUGCGAUUUUCAUCCAACGUACAGGAGAGUGUCUUUACCCGCUUCUAAAACGGGGCGCGGCAUAAUCUACACCGUAAAAUGCAUGCGCCACUAACACCGACACAGUGCGGUCGUCGCCAAUAGAGCCAUGUAAUGCGUCCAUGAAGUG